AUGGCGAACUACAUGGACUUGUUCAGCCAGCUGGAGGCGCAAGCUGGACAAACCAACGCUCUAUCUCCGGAGGCUUUGAAUGAAGGGCCGUGCAACCUCGCAAACAUUGCUGCCUCAUCUGUGGGUGAUGAUCAACGCCUUGGAAAGCCCCAGUGUAGUGUGAAGAUCGUCGGCGAUCCCGAGAUUGUGGAUCGUUAUGGAAACUAUUUCCACUACUUGGGUCCGGCCUUGGUUGUUUGCUUCGACAACCGUGGGGUGGUGCGUACCCUGGAAUUCGUUGGAGUUGAAGGAGGCAAGAAGAACAGCAAUUAUAUCAAAGAGGUUUGGCAGUACCAUGUCGAAGCAGGAGCGUGGAAGUACCGUGUCCUGGAAGGUAUGCAAGGGGUCCCAGCCCAUCGAAUUCAAUGCGCGGACUCGCAGGUGUAUUACGGAAGAGAGUGGAUAAGCCAGGGCAAUCUGGAGGAGUUUCACCCGGGUAGAGAGUGGCCUUCAGAGAAAGGUCCGGAUGAGACGCCUCCACCUUCAUUUCUUGCCGCAUUCAAUCCCAACAGUGAGACCUUACUUGUCAACCUGCGGCUGGCACUUUUGCCCGCGGUCCCAAGUACGGCCUUUUGA